AUGCCGAAUAAAGUAAAAAAUUUCCUAUGGAGGGCGUGUAAGGAAUUACCAGUGAAGACCAAUCUGAUGCGCCGAAAAGUCUUGGCUGAAGAUAUUUGCUGCCACUGUAAUUUGAAAGCAGAGGGCGGAUUCCAUGCGCUGUGGGACUGUGCUGCACUUUCGGCCAUUUGGGAAGCUGACACAAACCCGGAGCUUUUUGCAGCUUUGGUGUGGACGAUCUGGUCUCAGCGCAACCAGCUUAGAACAAGCAACAAACCAUAUCCACUCACACAAGUCACACCGGCGGCCAAACAGAUGCUCCAAGACUUCAAGCAGGACAAGGGAGAAGCUGGAAUGGGAGUGGUUUUCUGUGACUCUCAAGGGAAGGUAAUUGCCUCCUUAGCAGAAAAAAUUCAACUCUCACCCUCAUCUGAUGAAGUGGAAGCACUAGCAGCAGUCCGAGCCAUCACACUAGUAAUGGAUCUCAACCUACCCUCUUUUAUUGUUGAGGGAAAUUCAGAGGUGGUCAUUUCAGCCUUAAGAAAGGAGGAGGAAUCCUUUUCUUCUUUUGGCCAUUUAAUUUCCUCUAUUAAGCACUAUUUAUAUUCAUGCAAUUGUAUUUCCUUUUCUCACACCAGUAGAUCGGGUAACUCAGUAGCUCAUUCUUCAGCAAAACUUGCGAGAGAUAUUGAUGAGUUCUCUGUGUGGAUGGAGAAUGUUCCACCACAAGUCAAUGAUGUACUUUUAGCCGAUUUUGGCUGA